GUCAAGGCCCCGCAGGUCAACGUCGCCGCUCCUGCCAGCUCCGGGCAGCCAGGCACCCCAAGGAACGACUUGUGCAGCGACGCCGCGCGAUCUGUCCCAGCCAUGGACCGGAAGGUGGCCCGAGAAUUCCGGCAUAAGGUGGAUUUUCUGAUCGAAAACGAUGCAGAGAAGGACUAUCUGUAUGACGUGCUGCGGAUGUACCACCAGACCAUGGAUGUGGCUGUACUUGUGGGAGACCUGAAGCUGGUCAUCAACGAGCCCAGCCGCUUGCCACUGUUUGACGCCAUCAGGCCCCUGAUCCCACUGAAGCACCAGGUGGAGUACGACGAACUGACCCCCCGGCGCUCCAGGAAGCUGAAGGAGGUGCGUCUGGACCGUCUGCACCCAGAAGGCCUUGGGCUCAGUGUGCGUGGCGGCCUCGAGUUCGGCUGUGGGCUUUUCAUCUCCCACCUCAUCAAAGGCGGCCAGGCAGACAACGUCGGGCUCCAAGUAGGGGACGAGAUCGUCCGGAUCAAUGGAUAUUCCAUCUCCUCAUGUACCCACGAGGAGGUCAUUAACCUCAUCCGCACCAAGAAGACCGUGUCCAUCAAAGUGAGACAUAUCGGCCUGAUCCCUGUGAAAAGCUCUCCUGAUGAGCCCCUCAAAUGGCAGUACGUCGAUCAGUUUGUGUCAGAAUCCGAGGGCGGGCUGAGCAGCCUGGGCACCCCUAGGAAUCGGGAAAACAAAGAGAAGAAGGUCUUCAUCAGCCUGGUGGGCUCCCGGGGCCUUGGCUGCAGCAUUUCCAGUGGCCCUAUCCAGAAACCUGGCAUCUUCAUCAGUAACGUAAAGCCUGGCUCCCUGUCUGCCGAGGUGGGGUUGGAGACAGGGGACCAGAUUGUCGAGGUCAAUGGCAUCGACUUCUCCAACCUGGACCACAAAGAGGCUGUGAACAUACUGAAGAGUAGCCGCAGCCUGACCAUCUCCAUCGUAGCUGGAGCUGGCCGGGAGCUGUUCAUGACAGAGCGCGAACGGCUGGCAGAGGUGCGGCAGCGCGAGCUGCAGCGGCAGGAGCUUCUGAUGCAGAAGCGGCUGGCGAUGGAGUCCAACAAGAUCCUCCAGGAGCAACAGGAGAUGGAGCGGCAAAGGAAAAAGGAAAUUGCCCAGAAGGCAGCAGAGGAAAAUGAGAGAUACCGGAAGGAGAUGGAACAGAUCGUGGAGGAGGAAGAGAAGUUUAAGCAGCAGUGGGAAGAAGACUGGGGCUCAAAGGAGCAGCUGCUUUCGCCUAAGAUCAUCACCACUGACGUGCAUCCACUGUCGCUUCGCAAGCCAAAGUCCUUUGGGUGGUUUUAUCGUUAUGAUGGCAAAUUCCCAUCCUUCCGGAAGAAAGUAAAGGAAAAGAAGAAAGCCAAGUAUGAUGACAGCUUGCAGGAGUUGAGAAAGAAUAAGAAGGAACUGGAGUUUGAGCAAAAGCUUUACAAAGAGAAAGAGGAAAUGCUGGAAAAGGAAAAGCAACUGAAGAUCAACCGGCUGGCCCAGGAGGUGUCUGAGACAGAGCGGGAAGACCUUGAGGAAUCGGAAAAGAUUCAGUACUGGGUGGAAAGGCUCUGUCAGACGCGCCUUGAGCAGAUUUCCUCUGCUGAUAAUGAAAUUUCAGAGAUGACCACAGGCCUCCCGCCUCCCCCGCCUUCUGUGUCUCCCCUGGUCCCACCUCUGAGACGCUUCGCAGGCGGGCUGCACCUCCACACCACUGACCUGGAUGACAUCCCUUUGGACAUGUUCUACUAUCCUCCCAAGACUCUCUCUGCCUUGCCUGUGAUGCCCCAUCCUCCACCCCCCAAUCCACCCUCCAAGGUCCCCGCGCCCCCUGUCCUUCCGUCCUCAGGCCACGUGAGUGCCUCAUCCUCGCCCUGGGUGCAACGCACUCCACCCCCCAUUCCCAUCCCUCCCCCACCCUCUGUUCCGGCCCAAGACCUCCCUCCGACCCGCCCACUGCACUCGGCACUGGAAGAGGUGCUGGGCAACCACCCCUUCCGCACUGGGGAGCCAGGCAACCCCACAGAGGACUGGGAGGCAAAGAACAGCAGCGGGAAGCCUGCCAACUCCCCCAACCCUGAACGGAGCUUCCCACCCACCCCAAAGACAUUUUGCCCAAGCCCACAGCCUCCACGAGGCCCUGGCGUGUCCACCAUCUCCAAGCCUGUCAUGGUCCAGCAGGAGCCCAGCUUCAUCUACAGGACACCUGUGAAAUCUGAGGUCCUGCCACAGGAGAUGUUGAAGAGGAUGGUGGUUUAUCAGACAACGUUCAGACACGAUUUCCGGAAAUAUGAGGAAGGCUUUGACCCCUACUCCAUGUUCACCCCAGAGCAGAUCAUAGGGAAGGACGUCCGGCUCCUGCGCAUUAAGAAGGAGGGAGCCUUAGACCUGGCCCUGGAAGGCGGUGUGGACUCCCCGAUCGGCAAGGUGGUCGUCUCCGCCGUUUAUGAGGGGGGAGCUGCUGACCGGCAUGGUGGCAUUGUGAAAGGGGACGAGGUCAUGGCGAUCAACGGCAAGAUUGUGACAGACUACACCCUGGCUGAGGCUGAGGCCCUCCUGCAGAAGGCCUGGAGUCAGGGGGGGGACUGGAUCGAACUUGUUGUUGCUGUCUGUCCCCCCAAGGACUAUGACGAUGAGCUCUUUUCUCUUCCCUCCUCUGCAGCCGAAAGCCCCCAGCCAGUCCAAAAGCUCCUUGAAGACCGUGCUCCCGUGCAUAGACACGGGUUCCUCCUGCAGCUGGAGCCUGGCAGCCCCCCAUGGUGAAUAGGCAGGCGGGCUGCAGGGCCCCGUCUGUCCAUGCUGUGUGUCGUGGCCGUCUGCUGCCCAUGCUGUCGGCAGGUUCUUUGGACUGGUGUCUGGAGGGGCGCACGAGGCACCAUCCCUGAAGCGCCACCUGGACCCUCUGUUGGCCACACUGUCAGACUGAAAGGCCCUCCCACUCAGGGAGGCAAGCAAAGCCCAGUUUGUAGCAGGCUUGGGACUGGGCAUCCUGACUCACCACAGCCCUUGGGACCUGCCACAGGUCUCACGCAGCACCCAAAUGAGCAGGAUGGAGCAGUGAGUACCAUUCUCUGCUGGGUACCGACAGUGCCCCAAACCAGGCACAAUGGGCUGGCAGAGCCCAACGGGAGCACAGCCUGCAUUUCCCCUUCCCUGGGGGUACCGCCUUCUAGAAGCCCUGCUUCACAAGGCCCCAUGCUUGGGCAGAGCCAGGGGACUUAAGAGGUGAUUAAGGCUGGUCCAAAGAACCAGGGUUGGCCUAUUGGGAUUGUUCACGUCCUGCUGUGACCUGUUGUGGCCUGAGCACUGCUCAGACCAAACUGUCCUCUGUGCCUUCUCUCUCCCUUGGCUCCAGAUUCUUAUCUGUGGGACUCCUUGGAGCCCAGCUUUGGGAUGUGUUUCCCACCCUGUGACAGGGCUAUGUCCGUGGACAGAGCUGGCAGGUGGCUGUGAACUGGUGUUUGAUGUGGUCUAAAGCCCACAGCUGGCAAAAUCUGGGGCAGACUCAAGCCUAGACUUACUGAUGUUCCUGUAACAAGUUUCUCAAAACAUUAGGGCCUCAUGCUCCCAAGACAGUUGGCCGCUAUGCCAUGGCUCCUGGGAUGGCCUCAGUGGCCCUAUGUUUUCUGUCACUUGUCAUCUGCUCUUUGUGAGAGACCCCAGCCCCUCUGCCUUCGGGUCCCCGUCUAGCUCAUCCCAGGUGUCCCUCUGCUUUCUCCCUGGCGUCCUGUGUGCUGUGGCUAGUGUGUAGCUGCUGGGGCCUGCACCGAGAGGGGCCUCCGGAGGGUGGCAGGGCCUUGUGCCACUGGGGGGAUCCUCCCUGCUGUCAGGCCCUGCCAUGGGCUGACACAAGGGGCUGACACAAGGCCUGCACCCUCCUGGUCUAUUUCCUCU